GAUAUUAUUGAACACUACCGGUUUUGUGAAUCAGUGCAUUUCUGCAGUGCACAAUGAAGCACCAUCAUCAUCAUCAUCAUCAUCAUCAUCAUCCUCUCUGACGCACAUCGAGGAGGAAUCCCACCGCUCGCAUCAUCACCGCCAGUGGGCGUGGCUUCAUCUCCGGGCUUCAUUCAUAAACUCCGGCUGCCAUUAGGAUGAAAUGUAACGCGCCUGCUGGAGCGUCGUGCCAUUGGUGAGCGCUUAUAACGCGUCCCUCGCGCGGACAGCAUGCAUUACAAAUAGGCGUCACACACACGCUUCUGGAUCAUGAGUGAUGAGUCUCCAUUACAGACCCGUCUCACCACUGACGUGCCUCUGGUGUCGGGUUCUCAGGAGAACUACGUCCUGCUGCUGGUGAUGCUGUGUGUGUUCGCCGGCGGGACGCUGAUCGUUCUGUCCGUCCUGCUGGUCUUCUGUCACCGCUGCUGUCGAGGAGAACGACGCUACUCCAGAGCCAGUGAUGACCUGGAAAAAACCAACACUACAUACGUCGAGGAGAGUCAGCCGACACAAGACAUCACCAUCAGACUCGAGAGCGGCGAGUCGAUGUCCACUUCCAGUUGUCAUGGCGAUACGGACGUGGAUCAUUUCCUGUCUGCGUCGUGCACCGGACGACGGGUCUCUUUCAACGAAGCUGCCAUCUAUGAGCAGAGCGCCAAAGACCAGGAGAAAGGUCGAAGGUACACGCUCACAGAAGGAGACUUCCAUCACCUGAAGAAAGCUCGUCUGACACACCUGCACAUCCAGCCGCCGGCGCUGAAGAUCCUCACCAUCAUGGAAUGUGAUUCACCGGAGAACAGCGUCACGGUCACCGAACAGCCCUCACAACACCCGUCCCUCUCCAUAUUCCAGCCCACUGAGGGCCCCAUGCCAGAGGCUCCAGGAUUGUGGAGCAGUCAAAGCCCCAGCUGUGCUCUGCCCGGAGACACACUCAACUUCACCCUGAACACCAGCGCCGAACACACCGGCAAACCUGCCCGAUCACAAACCAUUGAGGUGAUGAGCAGAAGCCUGCUGAUGGACAGAGAUUCCACUUCCUGUCCAGCUCAGGGCACCAUGCUCCACUUCCUCUCUAAGCUCAGACGCCACGCAAGCCUGGAGGGAGCGGGUCCGUUCUUCAGCGUCAAGAAAUGGAGACUCGACACCAUCCAGAGAGCAGCGAGUCUUGACAUGAGAGUUUCUCCACGGAGACGUGCAUUUCAGAGGCAGCGGGCAGCCAGUGAGACGCUGGAUCAGGGAGAAGAAAACUUACAGGGUGGAGUCGGUGACUUUCUGUUGCGAAAACCUCCCACUCAGGCACAGAUGGAACCGCCUAGACGCCUCUCGGCUGGUUCUUUGGCCACUACUGCAGGAGCUCCUCCUGCCCUCAGCAGGUUAGAGGUAGAGGCUGUAAUGGAGCUCAAAUACAACACAGAUGCAGUGAUGAAAGACACAACUACAGCUUUCCCCUCAUCCCAGGGACCUCUGGAUGGUGAAGAGGAUGGACAGGAGAUGAUGGCAGGAGCAUCAGGAGGCGGUGGUGAAGAGUUUGGUCCGGCGAGUCAUCAGGAGAGUCUAGAGCAGCCCAGCCUGUACCGUGACAUCUGGAGCUUGAGAGCGUCACUGGAGCAGUACGCCUCGUCCGACCUGAGCAGCAACGACAGAGACUCCACUCGCAGCGAUGCGGACAGCGUUUGCUCGGCAGGAGCAUCAAGAGCGGGCGUCCCCAACUACCAGUCGCAAGACAUCGAUGACGACAUGGACGGGGAUGGUGAGCUGCCGUAUGACGAUGUGGUCAGGGAUGCCGGGCAGAGGAGAAACGGACGAGACAGUGUAGACUCUGAGAGAGGCAGCGACGGAGAGACAAACAACCGGAAGCUUCUGCAAAUGGACAGCGGCUACGCCUCUAUCGAGGCUCCUUGCAAGGCUCCAGAGGAAUUCAGACUGUUCGGAAGUAGCUCCACAAAGACUGCUUCAGAACGCCGCCGCUUUUUCACCAAUUCUGGCCGUAAAGGCACGGUUUGCGAGAGUUUUGAGGCACGGCUGUUUAAAGAGGAGCUGGAAGAUGAGGCGUCGGAGAGCAGUAUAAGUUUGGAGGCAGAGGCUUCCCAAGAACCACAACCUGCGACCAAACCCAGACCGCGCUUCCGCCGCCGAGACUACAGCAUCGAUGAGAAGACGGAGGCGCUGUUCAACGAAUUCCUACGCCAUGAUCCCCAGUUCGACCAGCAGGGUUCACCCUCAUUGCGUCACCGCCACCGUUCCCGUAUCCAUCUCCGGAAGCAGUGGCAGCGCAGCAAACAGUACAGCGACCCCGGUACCGCUAGAUACUCACCAUCCCUAGAGCGACAGCGCUGCUACCCACUACGCCGAGGUGACAGCGCCAACUACCCCUUGGACACACGCUACCAUAGUACCUUGCCUCGCAUCGCUAGCGCAGCGGAUGAGGAGGGCAGCGAGGGAGCCGCAGGUACAGAAUCACCCGAGCCGGAAACAGCCGGUCCGGAGCAGGAGGGUGCUGGUCCGCCCUCGGCUGCAGAAAGUUCUGGACCAGACUUGGAGGAAAAUGCAAACAACAGCAGCAACAACACAAGCCGACAUUUCUUUUCAUCGCAAUCGCAGGACAACUGUGCCAGGGAUUGUGAUAUACUGGAGAACUUUGGGACAACUGCUCAUCCCGCCGAUUCACAUAAACAUUCACAGAUGGAGGUCGUGGACCUCGGUGGGUCGAUGACCACAUUUAGCUCUCAUUUGCAUUCACACACAGACACACUCAUGCCAGACCCUACUGAUCUGGAUCAGGAUUCAGACUAUAUGCGUCACACCUAUUCUGACAUAAGUCCGUCAGACAAACUGGCGUCCAUGCUGGACGAUCGGCUCUACUCUAACCUGAGGACUCAAAGAGGAAGUCAAGAGUGUGUCGUGACCGUAAGCCGCACCUCGCCAGAUCUAGAAGAAUAAAGGGCUGGUUACACCAAGAAUGAUAACUAUAACCAUAAAGUUUUAAUAAUCAUUCUAACUCUAAGAGAAUAGCAAAAUCACAACACAACUGUAACGAUAACGACACAGAGGAACAAUAUUGUUGGAAUUUAUUCCAUUUGACUUUAAAGAGCUCGAGCAUUUAAAGCGGAACACAACAAAACUGCAGCAUGCACUUAUAUUAAACAGAAUGUCUGCUGGUGUGGAUGCUAAUAUAGUUAUUGUUAUAGUUAUCGUUCUUGUACAGAAUAGUUUGGGUAAUGUUUUCAGAUCUGUUUUUUGAAUGACACUAACUCCGUUUCCACCGACAGGGUGCUGGUGCUGUGCUACUAAUGUCUUCAUCACUUAAAAACGACAACAACUCAAUCUAGCAACACUGACGACAAACAAAACUAAUCACGCCCAUUAUAAUUCGUCCGGAUGCUUUUUUUUUGCCAUCCAAAAAACCCCCAAAACAUUUUACUUAUAAAUAUCCAAAGUGAUAAUUUAUUAUUAGGAAUUUUAUUUGUUUAAACAACAUAUAAUCAACAUAUAAUAUAAUAAUGAUGUUAAAAGAUGUGUCAAAAAGAAUAGUGAUAGUUUGUGGAUAGGUUGUGAAGUAACGCUCAUUUGGUACCAGUUCUGAAUGAGUUCUGUAGAUCCGGUGGGCGAGCACCAGCACCGGUCCUGUGGAAGGAGAAUAGAAAACAUUAGAGAAAUGACUAUAACUCUACUUCAGUAGAACAUGAAACAAGAUGAAUACAAGCAUGACAUAUGCUGGGAACAGUAGCAAUAAAUAGGUGAGGCGUGUAAUUUUUGUACGUUAAAAUACCUUCUCGUAACCUAGUUUAAACUGUAGAGUCGAGUAUAACCCUGGUACACUGACCAAUGGAAAACAGUCAUUAUUUUUGCAACUCUGUUUAGUGACAGAAAUUGCACACUUCACCUUAAAAAAAAUAUAAGAGUUUGAACAGUACGAAUGCAUCCAUACUGACCCAGGGUGAAACGCUAGAAAACCUCAUUUAGCAGCAUUCAUCUUCUAAGGGACUAUAGAUACACUGAUCUGCGGUCAAAUGAACUUUCACUGUGAAAUAAGCAGCAGCCGUUUGGUGCUUUGAGUCACGUUUCAGAAAUCAGCACUGAUCAUUUCUAAUUAAACCGAUCUAGAUCACACUUUCUGUGAUGUGCUUCGAACCAUGAAGGUUGAGAUCAUCGAAUAAACUCCUAUCAUCACCUAUGCUUAUAUAUCCCACAAUGCACUAUUCAGAACAUCCUCUUUACUAAAACAUUAAUGCUAAGAAUAUCAGCCUCAAUAUCUCAGUUUUCAUAUCAUACAUGACACAUUUAUGACCGUAGUUGUACUAUGACAUUCAGAUCAUGUUCAGCAUUGGAGAAUGCAGGGUAGGUUGUAGAAAAUUGUAUAUACAUGUACAUGUACAUCACUCUGAAUGGCCAUUUUUGAAUGAUAAUUCCUUUGCAAUAAAGGUAAUUUUGUUGGUUUUA